CUCAAACUUGAAAUACCUAGACCUACGUAAUUCAGGGUCAAACUUCAUCAAAAAGUUAAAUUAUUUAAAUGACGCUAUCGCAGCUGAAUUAACACAUAAUUCGGGCGUCCCGAGUGCGUGUGAAUAAUUCAUAAGUAUAUCUUACACUCUAGUGGUACUUCAGUGAUUUUUGUAAAGAUGUCCUAUAGAAAUAUUUUAAAAACUUUCUCACAAGCGAGAAGUACGUAUUUGAGAAAGUAUAAUGGUAUAGUUACUACGUUCGGCAAUUACAGAAGCGUAAUUCCUAUAUCGACAACGAGGCUAGCUUUAAAAGACGAAAAAGUCAAAGUGGUAUUCAAACUGUACGACGGGCGACGGUUAGAGGCUGAAGGUAAAGUUGGGGACUCCCUCCUAGAUGUGGUUGUGAACAAUGACCUGGAUAUAGAUGGCUACGGUGCGUGUGAAGGCACCGUUACCUGCUCCACCUGCCAUGUUGUGCUCAAGCAGGAAGACUAUGACAGAUUACCCGAAGAGGCUGGGGAUGAAGAAAGAGACAUGUUGGACUUGGCAUAUGGGCUAACAGACACCUCUCGCUUAGGAUGUCAGAUCACGCUCACCAAAGAGAUGGAUGGCCUCGAGGUUAUGGUUCCGGAGAGUGUAAAUGAUGCGAGAAGUUGAUGUUCUAGGUAUAAUCUAGUCUUUGAUUUAGGUCCAAUUUCAAUAAGCAUAACAGGUGGGCAAAGUUACAUUGUAAGUCUGUCUAGCAAAAAGUGUAGCAGCUCGUUCACACAGGCAGCGUGAACGUUGCGUAAGCGUAGACGUAGCGCGUACUAUUGCGUUAUAAUGAUAAUAAUAAUUUUUAUUGAACUUAUUACACACACAGCAAGA